AUGUCUGACGUUAUAGCCAUUGCCUACGUCGUGGACUCAUCUCUCGCUCUCGCAGACGAGUGGAACCAAGUCAUACAAGAAUACAUAGGUCCCCUGCUCCGCCGCCUCAGUGACCUAUACGGCAGCCGUGCGCAUUUUCGUUUCGGUUGCGUGAGUUACGGGUCUGCAGAAACGCGACCUACUCCUCUUAUCGGAAAGGUAUUCUUUAACAAUGCGCAAACUGUACUGAACGACAUGCGUAAUGACCCCUCCAAAGUUGGAAUUGGACGAACGGGAUCAGGGGAGUCUGGAGGUUUGGCGGCAUUGGAAGGACUCGUUGCGGCCAUUGAGCUUUUCGAGUCGUUGCGGGAGACGAUGGAGGUAUUCGCAUCAUACGUUAUUCACGUCGCAGCAGCAGAACCAGAUUCAACGGAACGGCCGCAGUGGAAUGUGAUGCCUACUCUAGACGAUGUAUCUUGGGAUACACUCUCAUCUGAAUUUCAGAAGCGGGAAAUAUGCUAUAGCGCGAUUCUUCUUAGGCAGCUUCCGCGAUAUCCUGAACUGGCCACAUCAGCCGCAGCAGGGACAAUUCAAGGCCCAUGGUUUCCGGUUCGUUCUUCACACAGCAUACACUUGAGCGGCUUCUCGUCACCAAAGUCCAAGGGUACCAAACGUCCGUCGGAGAUUGUAUCUAUUGCUCCUGAAGGAAGUCCCGUCGCAAAACGUUCCCGUGUCCAGUCUCAGCCGAAACAUACCUCUCCCAAGAUCGCGGAUUCUACCAUUCAGCCGACAUCAGCAACGUCAACUGCCGCUCAGUCUUCCUCUAGCACGCCAACUCAAGUUCUUGGAGGAUUCCCUAUAUCACAGUUUGAGGAACGUACGAGGGCACUGCAGGCGCUGAUGAUCCAGCGGCAGCAGCAAAUAAAAGCCCACCAGGUCGCUGGACGUGAAGAUGAAGCCCGCCAGGCCAAUGCCGAUUAUCAGAAGCUAGCGACUAUGCACAAGCAAAUAGCGGCAGCGAUACACAAACACAAGGCUAGUUUGGCGAGUUCAGUAAAUGCAGCAGGCCAAUCACGAUCGCGGCCUGUAAGUUCGAACACGCAAGGUGGGUCUUCGGUAGCCUCAUCGAAUGCAAACGACAAAAACGGAGUGCAAACAUCGGCGUCGGCACCCCAACCGAGUCAGUCUGUGUCAUCGUUGGACGACGUACCAAUGCCAGAUCCACCCUCACCGCUAGGUCAACCUGCGUCGAAUGCCCACCCGCCCCAUCUUCUGCAGGCCACAUCGAACCAUCAAAACUCUCUACCUGAUGUCACUGGUCCUACACACCCCGCCAUGGAAUCACAGAUGAACAGAGCAACUAACCUACCAAUGCAGAAUUCUGGGCAAGCUUCCCAAAAUCCGACAUUACCGGCUGCAAAUCCGACACAGCAGGUGGUAAACAGUGCGUUCGGACAAAUCGUAUGGGAGGGUGGCCUAUCUUGGGGGCCUGGGAUAGACUUAAACGGGCGGGUGGUGCAAGCACAUGUUCUGAUGCAUACGCAACAACCGGGCCAUGGAACGAUUUUACGUUCUAUGAACUGGCCAUCCAACGUGAUGUUGGUGGCCGCACCGGAACGGGUCAUCCCUUUGUUUCUCUUGCAGGACUGGCUGAAGCGUCUUUCAAACCAGUGCGCCAUCGUAUAUUUCACUCCACAAGUUCUUCAAGGAAAUCACAAGACCAACGACGAGAACUUGCGAGGGUUGUAUACUGCACUGCAAGAAAAGAGCAUUUACGCAAUAGCUACAUUCACCGGCCCAGCGGGUUUACCUGAGAAGCGGAUGAUGCUGUUCCCUUCCAAACCGGGUGUAUUUAUUGGUGCAUUCUUCCUCUCGAUGAGAGGAAUGCCUCCCAUGCCGAAGUCGGAGGUCUGCGGCUUUGAAUUGACACAGCUUCCUCCGCCUGUGGCAAUGCUUCUUACGAAGCUAUCACCUCAGCAGCAACAGACGCUAAACAACUUACCUUUGGACAAACGGCUGUCGGCGUUGCAACAGAUCAUGGCAGCGCGACAACAGCAACUGCUUAAUCAGGCUCAGCAAGCACAAAUGCCUUCUCAGAUGCCCUCACAAACACCAACGACGUCGCAGGCACAGCUGCAAGCGCUGCAGCAGAAGCACAAUGUAUUCAUCAUGAAUCCAUUCGUGAAUGGGCAGCCACCCCCCCUCGGACAGGCGAUGUCUUUAACUCAGAAUGUCUCUCAGCAGCCGCAGAUUCCGGAUCUGUUGCCGGGUUCGAACCCGGGUGCUAUGCUGUCACAGGGUGCGUCGGGCAUGAUGCACCAGCGUACGUCAAGUGCUGGUAGCGCGAAUGGAAUGGGGGGCGUGCCGAACGAGGUGAUGCAGUCGUUCACACAGCGGAAGGAGGGUGGCGGGACUAGGGGAAUGGGGAUGUAG